AUGAAAUGUCGUUGGUGCGAUCUAGAAGGUCAUAAUAGGAGGACAUGCAGCAAUGAUCCUCGGACAGAUGCCCGUUCUCAGGUUGGGGAGACUUCGCGUGAACAUGGUGACAGUACUUACCUGAAUCGUCAAACAAUCCCCAACGCCAAGAGCCUAAUGUUUCGAAUCCGAGACCAAACAGUCGGACAAGGACUCAUCCUCAGAGAUGCGGCCGCCACGGUGAUCAAGAUUGAUGGCCUUUACUUAUUAACGUUGUGCACUCCAGUGUUGUCUUCAAUAACCGGCCAUGUAUUUGCUGGUAGUGCUUAUGGCAUGAGCUAUAUCUGGCCUUCUUUCACCUUUCUGAUCUCAGCAAUGUCGUUCGUGUCCUCGGCGGGAGGAUACGUGGUGGUGUGGUUCAUGAUCUGGUUCUCGCUGGCGACAUUCGUGUCGUGCCAGUACUGGAUGAGCACGAUGUUCAACAGCAAGACCAUAGGGACGGUGAAUGGGACAGCCGCCGGGUGGGGGAACAUGGGAGGCGGCGCCACCCAGCUGAUCAUGCCGGUGUUGUACGACAUCAUCAAGAAGACGGGGUCCACACCUUUCACCGCGUGGAGGAUCGCAUUUUUCAUUCCAGGGUGGCUUCAUAUAAUUAUGGGGAUUCUGGUUAUGACAUUAGGCCAAGACUUGCCUGAUGGAAACCUGAGCACCCUCCAGAAGAAGGGGAAUGUUGCCAAGGACCAAUUUGGCAAGGUCUUGUGGUAUGCUGUUACCAACUACCGGACAUGGAUCUUCGUCCUCCUCUACGGCUACUCCAUGGGUGUCGAGCUGUCCACUGACAACGUCAUCGCUGAGUACUUCUACGACAGAUUUGAUCUGAAGCUCCACCUCGCCGGUAUUAUCGCUGCCACUUUCGGGAUGGCCAACCUCCUUGCUCGUCCCUUUGGCGGAUUUGCUUCUGAUUAUACAGCCAGAUAUUUCGGAAUGAGGGGCAGAUUGUGGACGCUUUGGAUCCUCCAGACGCUUGGCGGUGUCUUCUGUCUUCGGUUGGGAAGGGCAGAUUCUCUUCCUCUGGCGGUCGCCUUUAUGAUCAUCUUCUCCAUCGGAGCGCAGGCUGCCUGCGGAGCCACCUUCGGAGUCAUCCCUUUCGUGUCUCGGAGAUCGCUCGGAAUCAUCUCUGGGCUGGCCGGGGCGGGAGGAAACUUCGGAUCAGGAUUGACACAGCUGCUGUUUUUCUCGACUUCGAAAUACACGACAGAGGAGGGAUUGGAGUACAUGGGGAUAAUGAUAAUAUGCUGCACUCUGCCGGUCAUGUUAGUGCAUUUCCCGCAGUGGGGAAGCAUGUUCCUUCCUCCCAACAACAAGGCUUCCGAAGAGCACUACUACACCUCCGAGUAUACAGAGGAAGAGGUCCAGAAGGGAAUGCACCACAACAGCCUCAAGUUCGCCGAGAACAGCCGCUCCGAGCGCAGCAGCCGCAUCGCCUCCGCCCCAACCCCACCCAACGCUACUCCCAACUAUGUUUAA